AUGGCUGGCCAGAACAUUCCUCCUACGCCAACUCUAUGCUACAGCGCCCUGCAAGCUUUGGCCAUACAUCCCGACUACGUCGUACGCCAGCGGGUAAUCGAGAUGAUGCAGAGUUACUGGUUCGAAUUCACCAGAAGCGCCAGGCAAAACAUUAUUGUGGGGAUGCUCCGGGAAGGACAGCACGAGCUCGCCCUGUCAAAGUUUGAGGAGUUCUUUGAGCAAGAGGGACGGGUUGAGCUUUGGGUCUACGACGCCUUCAUCAUCGAAUUUGGCAGAGUAGGCCUCUUUGAUGGACUGCUGGAGAUGCUCAAGAAGAGGAGAGCUGCCAAGGGUACAGAUGAUGCCUUUAGGAGCCUCCUCUACCAUGCUCUGGAUGUCUUCAGUCAGGCAUAUCACUACGAGGGGACGGUUUGGGCAUGGACACGCACUGUUAGGACCCCUAUGCACAAUCCCUCCGUUGUUACUCUCGAAAACGUUCUGGGCACGGCAGCGAGACACGGCGACAUGAUUUUAGCCCAUGAGGUUAUCAACAUCCUACGUAACCUGGAUAUCAAAAUCUCCAAGGAGCAUUACGAAGCCCUCAUCGAAGCCUCCAUCAAGGCGGGAAAUCUGGGGGGUGCAUUCCAGCAUCUGAGCACCAUGGAGCAAGCAGGUCUUCAUCCGGACCGAGGAAGCACCAGGACUAUCUACAAGGCACUGAGGGAAAACCCAGAACGCAUCGAAACGGCGGUCGGUGCUCUCGAGGAAAAUAGGGGAAAUCUUUCGGCGCAGGCUAUCUCGGUUACGAUGGAAGCCAUGGCCCAAGAACGUGGCACAGAGGCUGCCAUGCCUCUCUACCGCGAUUUUGCCUUCCUCAGCGGCAAGAACCCUGACCAUUUCCUCUUCAGGGAUUUGUUGAUGAACACUGAGCAGGCCAAGACAAGGUACACUCUGGCAAAGGACUACAGCUCCAUGUUCAGAAACGAGGCGGUGUCAAGAGAUAUCAUCAAGGCGUAUGACGCGAUGAUCCUGGCCUGCCUCGAAUUCGACGACCUCAACGUUGCGUUCAGGCUGGCAAGCCGUGUUAUUGCGACGAAUAGGUCGAGAAAUGGGGAGGAGGACCCCAAGUUAUGGCGGUGGGCGGAAUGGGUCCGGCCCCUUGUCAGAGCUGGUCUGGAAGUGGAGGAUAACCGUGUAUGGCCGAUUGUGGACGCGCUGGAUCAAGGUGAUGAUGGGCCAGCCAAGAUGGUGCGGUUGUUGCUUUCCCAGCGCCGCCAGGGAAGCAAGGGGGUUGACACGCGGGAAAAGAACGACACGCCUGAUGCCUUGUAG